GGAAUCUUGGAAACAGGAGAGAAAGAAAAGAUGUAUUGGAAAAAAGUAGAAGCCCCAGACGAGAACGAAGAUGAGUUUGAUCGCGAAGUUGCCAACCAUUUGUCACGCCUUGCUCAAAUGCUGUCCAACCGAACAGACGACCCAAACAGAGGCGUUGGCUGUGUCAUCACCAUUGACAAAGAGAUUGUCGCAACCGGCUGGAAUGGCUACCCUUCCAAAGCACUGUACGGUAACCAUCCCCGUCUAGGAAAGUCUGUAGACAACACUAGGCCUGACACUAGCCCUAACACUAGGCCUGAUAGUAAGUACCCCCACGUAAUUCACGCUGAACAGAAUGCCUUGAUGCGCAGAAAUAAAAGAAAUCUUGAUGGCGCGACUGCAUUUGUCAACAAAAUACCAUGUAACGAAUGCUUGCCAAUGUUGUGCGAUGCUGGAGUAAAAACACUCUAUCUUUCGAAAGGUGCUUUCAAGAAAAAGGAAAAGACCGAGGAAAACUUUUAUAAACUACUAGAAAAACCGGGAAACCCUUUAAUCGUCUACGAACAGUAUUGA